CUGGCUGUGGAGGCUGCUACUAACCAUGCUCCUUCUCCCUGAUCAGCUUGUGUCAGAAUCCUGGCUCCAAGCACUGCCUGUCAUUUCUCAGCCAUGCCCAGUCACUGUGGUAACUUUCUAUCCACUUAUCAAACACAGAUUUUGCUUUUCUCCUCUCUUGAAAACUGCAGGAAUUUCCGGUUCUGUGGGGAAAAUUCGUUCCCUGAGUCCUUGUCCUAGAUCUGUGGGGUGAGGGAGGUGGGAAGGGGGUUAGCAUUGCCACACAAAUGAUCUCUUCCACAGUAUUCUGGACUCGCUGUUUCUGAAAUCUGGUUUCAUUGAGACCAUUGUCACUCCAGAGUCACUGCAUGGAAAGACAAGGAGUGACUCCAGAUGGACAGUGGGCCAAAUGAGAUGAGCAAUUCUCCCUGUGAGGACAUGCUCUCAUUCGCUGCUCUCCCCAUAGAGCUAAAGGAGGGAAGGCUGCUGAAACGCUCUGUCCCUCUCUGCUCAGGAUAUUGGGGUUCAGCUCCCUGGGUCACACGCUACAGCCUCCAUUGUGAUCUGGGAGACCAGGCUUCAGAGCUGCUUCUCCCCCAGCGGGGGUUCUGUGCUGGGAAGUGAUGUUAAAGCUUCUUCUCUGCCUGGCCCAGGUGAUGCCUUUCUCCAGCCGGUACUAGCCCCCUGGGGCAGCCCUGGGCCCGUUAAUACUAAAUUGUCAGCCACGGACUCCAGGUAACUGAAAGACCUCAGGGAAAGUGCUGGGAACUGGCAUGAAAUUGACUCUCCACAAACAGCCCCUCCUCAUUUCUCCUCCCAUUAGCAAUUGCCAGGAGUAAAUCCAGCAUGGGAGACCAAAGAACCCAGGAAUGGGACUUUCUCAGCCAGAGGGGCAGGGAGAGAGGGCAGGGGAAGGAGAGACUGAAAGGGGCAGUGGUAGAAAUGAGUGGGGAGAGAGAUUUCCAGCUUUCUAGUCCAGCCAGACAUAUGUAUUGCAGCAUCUCUUGUUCACUGGAAAGUGAUUCUGCCCAGGGAAGGAUCAGAAAGAGUAAAUGCCAGUUCCUGACUCCAUAUUCCCCUUCUGGGGUGUGGCUGCCCUGGGGUCCAUGUCCGAGGGAAUCCCCCACAGUGACUCCUUUGGUUCUGCUCUUUUCUAGCAUUGUGUUCAGAGACUUUGUUACGGGGUGAGGGAAGGGAGGUUAAAAAAUUCUCUGUGGGCUUAGCCUGGCAAGAGGGGCCAGGUCUACACUGUAAUAAAGUGAUCAAGCAUUUUUGCAGCAGGUAUGUCUGUCUGCAGGGAAAGGGCCUGGGGGAAUCGUGAUGUGAAAUUAACUAAAGCCUGUUCUGAAACGUCCAGAAUGUCCCUUCUCACCCAGCCAGGCUGCAGAAUGAUGUCCAUGUUUCGCUCCAGCUCAUCCCAUCCUCCCAUGGGACAGGGGAGAGAAAUGACUGCAGAGGAGCCAGGUCAUGAAGGGAUUAUCGGGGGGUUCCUGGGGCCGGUGACCUUCGAGGAGGUGGCUGUGUAUUUCACCAGGGAAGAGUGGGCUCUGCUGGACCCCGCUCAGAGAGCCCUCUGCAGAGACGUCAUGCAGGAGAACUAUGAGAAUGUGACCUCGCUGGGGUUUCCAGUUUCCCAACCUGAUGUGAUCUCCUGGCUGGAACAAGGGGAAGAGCCAUGUGUCCCAGACCUCCAGGGUUCGGAGGAAAAAGAGAUCCUGAGAGCACCCUACACAGCAGGUGAUGCAAUGGUAUGUGAGAAAGAGGAGCAGAAUUCUCAGCAGGAAAAUGUUGAGCAAGUGGAUAAACACAGAGACUUAUCGCAAAGACCAAACCAGAAUGUGUUCAGGAGUCAUGAGCAGGGAAAGUCCUGUGAGAUUCAGCACAGACCAGAAAGAGAGCAAGGAAACCAGCCAGGGGAGAAAGUGGGUAAAUUUAUUUCCUGUUGGGGAACUCGGAAGGGCCUCAAGGAAACCACAACCCAGCAGGAAAUCCUGAGGGGAAAGAGCAAUACAUGCAGUGACUGUGGGAAAAGCUUCACUCACAGAUCAAGCCUUUCUGUUCAUCUGAGAAUCCACACAGGGGAGAGACCCUAUGAAUGCAGGGAGUGUGGGAAAAGCUUCACUCAAAGAUCAGGCCUUUUUCAACAUCAGAGAAUCCACACAAGGGAGAGGCCCUACGAAUGCCGUGAGUGUGGGAAAACCUUCAGUCGCAGCUCGCACCUUAUUACUCAUCAGCGAAUCCACACAGGAGAGAGGCCCUACGAAUGCAGUGACUGUGGGAAAAACUUCAGUCACAGAUCAGCCCUUUCUGUUCAUCAGAGAAUCCACACAGGGGAGAGGCCCUACGAAUGCCGUGAGUGUGGGUUAAGCUUCACUAGCAGCUCACAUCUUUCUAAACAUCAGAGAACCCACACAGAUGAGAGGCCCUAUGAAUGCAGGGAGUGUGGGAAAAGCUUCACUCAGAGAUCAGGCCUUUUUCAACAUCAGAGAAUCCACACAGGGGAGAGGCCCUAUGAAUGCCCUGAGUGUGGGGAAAGCUUCAAUCGCAGCUCGCACCUUAUUAGUCAUCAGAGAAUCCACACAGGGGAGAGGCCCUACGAAUGCUGUGAGUGUGGGGAAAGCUUCACUCAAAGAUCAGGCCUUUUUAACCAUCAGAGAGUCCACACCGGGGAGAGGCCCUAUGAAUGCCCUGAGUGUGGAAAAUGCUUCACUAGAAGCUCAGGCCUUUCUGUUCAUCAGAGAAUCCACACAGGGGACAGGCCCUAUGAGUGCAGUGAGUGUGGGAAAAGCUUCACUCACAGGUCACGCCUUUUUCACCAUCAGAGAAUCCACACGGGGGAGAGGCCCUACGAAUGCAGUGAGUGUGGGAAAACCUUCAGUUGCAGCUCGCACCUUAUUAGUCAUCAGAGCGUCCACACAGGAGAGUGGCCCUAUGAAUGCACUGAGUGUGGGAAAAACUUCACUCACAGAUCUGCCCUUUCUCUUCAUCAGAGAAUCCACACAGGGGAGAGGCCCUACGAAUGCAGUGAAUGUGGGAAAACUUUCAAAUGCAGCUCGCACCUUAUUAGUCAUCAAACAAUCCACACAGGGGAGAGGCCCUAUGAAUGCACUGAGUGUGGGAAAAACUUCACUCACAGAUCAGCCCUUUCUGUUCAUCAGAGAAUCCACACAGGGGACAGGCCCUACGAAUGCAGUGCGUGUGGGAAAAGCUUCACUCAAAGAUCAGCCCUUUCUGCUCAUCAGAGAAUCCAUACAGGUGAGAGGCCCUAUGAAUGCACUGAGUGUGGGAAUACCUUCUCUCGGCACUCAGCCCAUGUUAGCCAUCAGAGAAUCUGCAAGGGAGAUCAACCACAUAAAAACCUCUAGGGCUAUCCGUACUUUUUUUCCCUUUAAUACUUUUCCUGAUUCCCACACACAGUAACUUUUAAAGCCGUUUGAGCUGUUUGCAGUACCAUUAUCCCUCAACUUGUCCAUAUGAGUGGGCCAUUUUUGCCUUUUGCAGUUCGCCCUCUUUUGUGGUGGACCCAUUUGUCCUUUCUAUUGUCCCAUAAGUAAUUUGAGUGUGCCCUUCCUAUCAGGAACCAGGGAGCAUCACAUUUAUACCCUUCCUCCUAUUGCAAAGUUAUUGUUAAAUCUGUAUCAUUGGUGACUCUAUCAUUGCCAGUUCUCACGUUGCUCUGGGUUGUGCUGAGGAGCAGUUAUAUUGGGAACUUUUCAAAUUACAUGUAAAUGAAGAGGAGCAGGGGUGGGAAAAAAAGUAUAAUUUCAGCUUCUGUGACACUGGAAGGAGACGGGGUUUCUCAGAGAUUCCCUCCUUCCCCAUCACUGCAGAACUGUUACCUCCUGUCUGAGCCAGGCAGAGUUUAUCUUCAUCACAUUCUAUCCCUCCACUUCUCAAAGUGUCAUGUGAUCAUAGAAUCAUAGAACAUCAGGGUUGGAAGGGACCUCAGGAGGUCACUGCAUUAUAAGGUGGAUAGAAAGCUGGCUAGAUUGUCGGGCUCAAUGGGUAGUGAUCAAUGGCUCCAUGUCUAGUUGGCAGCCGGUAUCAAGUGGAGUGCCCCAAGGGUUGGUCCUGGGGCCGGUUUUGUUCAAUAUCUUCAUAAAUGAUCUGGAGGAUGGUGUGGAUUGCACUCUCAGCAAAUUUGCGGAUGAUACUAAACUGGGAGGAGUGGUAGAUACGCUGGAGGGGAGGGAUAGGAUACAGAAGGACCUAGACAAAUUGGAGGAUUGGGCCAAAAGAAAUCUGAUGAGGUUCAAUAAGGAUAAGUGCAGGGUCCUGCACUUAGGAUGGAAGAAUCCAAUGCACCGCUACAGACUAGGGACCGAAUGGCUAGGCAGCAGUUCUGCGGAAAAGGACCUAGGGGUGACAGUGGACCAUAAGCUGGAUAUGAGUCAGCAGUGUCCUUGUUGUCAAGAAGGCCAAUGGCAUUUUGGGAUGUAUAAGUAGGGGCAUAGCGAGCAGAUCGAGGGACGUGAUCGUUCCCCUCUAUUCGACAUUGGUGAGGCCUCAUCUGGAGUACUGUGUCCAGUUUUGGGCCCCACACUACAAGAAGGAUGUGGAAAAAUUGGAGAGAGUCCAGCAGAGGGCAACAAAAAUGAUUAGGGGUCUAGAACACAUGACUUAUGAGGAGAGGCUGAGGGAGCUGGGAUUGUUUAGCCUGCAGAAGAGAAGAAUGAGGGGGGAUUUGAUAGCUGCUUUCAACUACCUGAAAGGGGGUUCCAAAGAGGAUGGCUCUAGACUGUUCUCAAUGGUAGCAGAUGACAGAACGAGGAGUAAUGGUCUCAAGUUGCAGUGGGGGAGGUUUAGAUUGGAUAUUAGGAAAAACUUUUUCACUAAGAGGGUGGUGAAACACUGGAAUGCGUUACCUAGGGAGGUGGUAGAAUCUCCUUCCUUAGAGGUUUUUAAGGUCAGGCUUGACAAAGCCCUGGCUGGGAUGAUUUAACUGGGAAUUGGUCCUGCUUCGAGCAGGGGGUUGGACUAGAUGACCUUCAGGGGUCCCUUCCAACCCUGAUAUUCUAUGAUUCUAUGAUUCAUCUAGUCCAACCCCCCUGCUCAACGCAGGACCAAACUCCCAUUUUUGUCCCAGAUCCCUAAAUGGCUCCCUCAAGGAUUGAACUCACAACCCUAGGUUUAGCAGGCCAAUGCUCAAACCACUGAGCUGUCACUCCCCAGUGAUGAAGCAUUCUCUGUUGUCUGCGCUUGGAGACGAUACUUUGACUUCUUUAAUCCUAUAUCAGAGUUGCUAUGACUGGAGAUGAAAGUGUCAAAGACCUGGAAGGGGGAAUUCAAAUGGAUCCCAAACAGUGUGAUCAUUUGGAGUUUAAAUCCCAGGUUCCAUCUAUUGGUAAAGCCACUUCUGGCAAGGUGGCUGUUUUCCCCUCAUUAUGGGGAUGCUAGGAUACUAAAAUUUUUGUAAAUAACAUAACUGACCAUUGAGACAGUGCUGAGUGAAGCAGGUUUGAAUGGAUCAGAGGAGAAUGUGAUGGGAGAAUCUCUUGUUCUGAUUCUGAAUAAUCCGAUGUAACCUGCUCUGGAAUUUCACUUGACACUUUCAUUGUCAUUUAUUCUCUCUCUCUCUGUGAUGUGGGUUUCUAUCUUUCCUGAAGGCUUUUUGGCCACCCAAUUGGGUAUUCAGUUCUGACAGGAUGUAGCCCAGAAUUAUUGGAGAAUUUAAGACAAAUGACCAUUUGAUAAAGUCCUCAUUUAUCACUUUAGCUUUGCUUUUUCCCCAUCCCUCCAUGACGACAUGGAGAAGGUUCAAGUGCAGUUCUGUCAAUAAGAGAGAACUCUCCAAUUUACUGGACAUGCUAACAAAGACACAGCCGUGCUUUAAAAUCUCCACUCGGAAACGGUGAACAGCAGAACCCCAACUAAUUGAAGGAAGUGCAUAUGGUCACAGUGUAGUGCAAUUGUUUAAGACAAUAUUGUCUCAGAUGAUCUGGGGAGAGAAUUCAAUGGUAAGUGAUUUUGAACUAGGCUAAAUGCCCAUGUGUUUGGUUCCCAAAGCACUUGUAACCUAGGCCCUACAGAAGAUCUCUCCUAGCUAAUCCUAUGGUAUGGGAAAUGCAACCCUUCAUGACGAAGAUGUUGAGGAAAUUAAAGUGGGUUUUUUGUUGAAUUUAUCCUUUGUAGGUGUUGAAGAUGUGUAUAAAAUGAAAUCAGUGUUGAAAAUGUAAUAGAUUCAGAAAAAUAGCUAUUUUUGAAUAGAAACUCCAGCUCUAGUAACUAAUGGAGAUUCUGAUCCAGCCCUGUAUCCAGUCCCUUGCCUGGACCUGUGCUACCGAAUUAAAGAAAAGCUGGGCAUGGUUUGGGAAGCCAUUCCUCACUAACACUG